AUGACUGCCGAGCUGAAGGCGGGUGGCUGUCCCUCGGUGGUCCCACGGUUCCCCCCUCACCAAGAGCGCUACGGUGUGAUGGAUGAAGCACAAAGCACCCAGGCCCGACACAUGCAGAGAGCUCCAUGUGUGCGCCUCAGUGGGGGGUGCGGGGGUUCUGAGGAGGCUGGCAGGGCGGGCUGGGGGGCCGCUCAAACAGGGCACAUGACGAUCAAGAGAUGGCACAAUGAAACACAGCUGGCCCGAAUUCCUGAGGGUGGAGAAGACAAGGUCACGGCUCUGAUUGAUGCACGCUCCACCACAGCCGGAGGACGGGCUCUGCACCCAUCUCCUGAGGAAGUGUAG